AUGUCGCCCCUUCAGUCAAGACAGAAGCACCUGACCUUGGAGGAAUUGUUUGGAACGUCUGUCCCAAAGGAGCAGGCGGCAGCUCCGUAUCCCGGCCCGGAGCGUGCAGAGAGGCUGCAGCCCGAGGCCCCGACCAGGGAGCAGCGUGGGCUGCUCUUGCCCCUUUCCUUUGACCCAUCGGCAGUCACGCACCAACCACUAGGGAAAUCGGAAGGUCCCAGCAUUAAAACGGGGCCCAGUGCUCUGAAUCAGCAGGAUAUGGGUUUGACACCUAUACUAAUACCUCCAGCUUCAGUUUCCCAGCCUGAUGUAAAAAAUGUUUCAAGCUAUUCAGUUCGUUUAAGCCCUGUUCUUAGUUCAGCCUCGACAGUGGAAGCUCAGAUGCUUCCUGGCCUAAAACAAAACAACAGCAUCAUGCAAGUUAUGCAGCAAGCUUCCCAGCACAUCUCCCCACUAGUGAAUCAGCUGCCAUCUGACAUGAACCACGCUUCGCAGGGUCUUGUGGCUGGCCAAAGCCACUUGAUACCACCCUUGACAUCAACAAAUACAGGAACUGUCCCGAAUACAUCCCAUACAAGUGUUGAUCUUCUCCAGAAACUCAGGUUGACCCCGCAGCAUGACCAAAUGCAGCAGCAGUCUGGCACUAAGGCUUCCUUAACCCCAAACACCUCUGGCUCUAUUGGCCAACUUGCAACACCAGAGAGCUUCAAAGAGUCUCACAGUAAACCACCAACCUUGAACAGCAAAAUAAUCUCUCCACUUCAGGCUGUGCAACACAACAAGGAAUCAGAAGCAUUUCCACAGCCAAAGGCUGGGUGUAAAGCAAGUCAAGUUGCACCUCCGCCGUUCAUUACAACCACGACUACGGGAACUCCUUCAAUCCUCUUGUCUCCCAGCGUUUUCCAGCAGGCUGCUGCAAAAACUCCUGAAGUGGAGAAUAAAGCCAUUUCUUCUUCUCCUUUAACACUGGGAACAGCAGAGAUCCAGCCCAUGGCCCCUGCCGUUCUCAGCAGGGCUCAGCUGCAGGAAGCACUGAUACACCUAAUCAAGAAUGAUUCCCACUUCCUCAGCACUAUCCAUGAAGUCUACUUGCAAGUCCUGACCAAGAAUGCAGACAACAACAAGCUAUAAUCAAAAUUAAAUCUACUUGGAAUAUGUCCACUUUAGAAACAAUUAUGCCUCGUAUAUAUAUAAAACUAAUAUUUUUUUAAAAGAAUAUUUAGUUUUCAAUGUCUUGAAUUUGAACCUAUUAGGAAAGACUGUUCCUUAAAUACUUAGGAAAGUAGCGUUCUCAGAAGUGAUCUAGGUUUUCACUGUGAUCAUCACCAGCAAACCUUUGUUUUUACUGGAAAGGGAGUUAAGUUGCAUAUGAGCUCUCAUUAGCAUUAAGCAGAAGUGCAAGUGUUGGCUCUGGCUCUCAUUCCAAGCUCUCUCUGCUUUGCAAGAACUG